GGAAGUUUCGAGCGGUUAGUAUCUAGCUGCUAGCUGGCUAACUCUCUGAAAAGUAAACAAGUCUGUUGAGUGAGAUGAGAGCAGGCUGUGGAUCUCUGUAGACGUUCAGCUAUGAAAGAAGACAAAGAAAACACUCGACCGAAGGAGAAAAAAGUGGAGCUAAAGUGUGAAGAUGGAGAAAAGACUGAGAAGUCAAAAGAAAAGAAAGAGGCCAUGACAAAGAUUGUAAUCAGACGAUUACCACCAAGUCUGUCUAAAGAGGAGUUAGAGGAGCAGCUGCAGCCUCUCCCAGAGGUGGACUACAUGGAGUUUUUCUCAAACGACACCAGCCUGUAUCCCCAUCUCUUCGCGAGGGCUUACAUCAGUUUCAAAAAUGAAGAUGAUAUUGUUCUCUUCAGAGAUCGAUUCGAUGGAUAUGUGUUCAUAGACAACAGAGGACAGGAGUAUCCAGCCAUUGUGGAGUUUGCGCCGUUUCAAAAGAUAGCCAAGAAAAGAAGUAAGAAGAAGGACUCGAAGUGUGGAACAAUUACUGAAGAUCCUGAUUAUAAAAAAUUUCUUGAAUAUUACAACGGAGACGAAGAGAAGCUGACAUCUACGCCUGAGACCUUGUUGGAGGAGAUCGAGGCCAGAUCAAAAGAACUUGAAGCUAAAAAGACCACGCCCUUGUUGGACUACCUGAAGAAUAAACAGAGAAUCAGGGAGGAAAAGAGAGAGGAGAGACGAAGGAGGGAGCUUGAACGCAAGCGCCUGCGUGACGAAGAGCGUCGCAAGUGGAGGGAGGAGGAGAGGAGAAAACGGAAAGAGGCUGAGAAGAUGAAAAGACUUGAGAAACUGCCGGAGAAAGACAAGGACCACUUUAAGGAAGAACCAAAAAUUAAGCUCCUGAAGAAACCAGAUAGAAAUGAUGAAGCAGAGUCUGAAAAGCCUAAAGAGAAGUCCAAGAAACCAGAGAAGCCACAUAAAGAGGUCCGGUCAUUCAGUGAUCUGAAGAGGAGACAUAACAUCGAGAACAAGGAGGAUCGUGAAAGAAAAAGAGAUGAAAGUGGGAGAAAGGAAUUCAGGGAGCGGGACUUUGAUCGAGACAGAGAGCGGGAGGAGCGGCGGCAGAGGGAAAAGGAGCGCUUCAGACGGCAGGACGAGGAAAGACGGAGGAGGAGGGAGCAGCAUGAUGGAGAGAACACGUUCAGGAAGCGGGAAGAGGAGAUUAAAAAAGAAAAGGCGUUGGAGAAGAAGAGGAAUGAAAACAUGGCAGAUUCCCCUCGCGGUGAGAAAACGGAGAAGGCUGCCAAAGAGAACAAAAAGGAUGAGAGCAGCAAAAGGGAGCGACUGCGGAAUAAGGACCGACCCGCCAUUCAGCUUUACCAGCCAGGGGCCCGGAGCCGCCACCGUGCCACACCAGGAGCAGACAGAAGAGAAUCCAACUCUGCCGACAGAAAACCAGAUACUGAGAGCAAGAACGUGGCUGAGAAAGUAGACGACUGAGCAGACCUCUGCUUUUGUUCAUUUGAGUUAGGUGAAGAGACAGGCCUGCGAGCAGCAGUAUGGCGUCUCGGAGCCACGCGCUCCACUGAUUAAGCAGGGCUCCCAGUUUCGGAGGCAGAGGUGUGAUCCUCUUUGGUCUGUGUUAGGAGAAGAAACGAUUCACCUUCUGAAGGAGUUUGGCUGUAGGGCACAUUCAAGGAAGCCAAAGUUUUGGGGACCAUGUGAUGUCAAAGUGAACUUAAUUCAGCAUUAUCGCUUUGGAGGAAAAGUGUUUUACACUCUGCAAAAAAGGUGCCUUCACGCUCGUUAUCUAAAUCACUCUAAAAUAAAUUUAUAAUGUUCACUAUGUCAACACGUGGUUUCUUCAAGGUGAUUUCUGGAUUUUUCUUGUGAGAUAUUUAAUAGUUUGAGAUAAAGUACCUAUGCAUCAUA